AGGCAGUUUAGCUAAAAAGAACCUCGAGUCAGACCUCGAGUUUGUCACGACACACUUGUUUCGAGGCAUUUCGAGGUAUGUACGAUUGCGUGAUUUGACGUAUUUGAUGAAUAUCGGAUGUAUUAUAUGUAGAACGUAAACAGUGAUUAAGAACAAGAUCUCGUAGGAGAUAAUAUUUUUUAACAUCUUUCAUCAUGGACACGGACAGGCCGCUUCACGAAGAUUGGAAAAAACGGGCAUUUGUGGGACCUUUGCCAGAUAGUUUCUUAAGAAUAGAGGAGCAUAAUGCACAACUUCAACAGGAAGCAGCAGAUCAACAGGCUGCCUUAGCUAUUCAACAACUGCAGAUGCAAAAUAUGCCAAUGGCUCAUGAUCCCCGAGUAGGCAGACUUAGUGUAACGAUUGCUCAGGCCAAAUUAGUAAAAAAUUAUGGAAUGACAAAAAUGGAUCCUUAUGUAAGAUUACGAGUGGGACAUGCAGUAUAUGAGACACAUACAAACUCAAAUGGUGGGAAGAAUCCACAUUGGAACAAAGUCAUUCAAUGUCUACUUCCACCUGGAGUCACCCAAAUAUAUGUAGAAAUUUAUGAUGAAUGUUCCUUUGUAAUGGAUGAAUUGAUUGCUUGGGGACAUAUAGAAAUUCCACCACAUGUUAUACAAAAAGGUGAAACACAUGAGGACUGGUACACACUGAGUGGAAAACAAGGGGAUAAUCAAGAAGGCAUGAUCAACUUAGUUUUCAGUUACUCGAAUAAGUGUAAUCCAUACAUGGGCUCUUCUUCAAUAAUGAUGGUACCUUCUGCAACAAUGUUUGGUAUGCCAUAUGCUCCAGUAAAUGUUUACACAACACCUCCACCUGUUGUUGCACCAACGGUUAUACCGAGUUCUUUGCCAAAUGCUGAAGUUGAGUUGAAACAGAUUGCAGAAAUGUUUCCAAAUGUCGACAAAGAAGUUAUCAAAUCAGUAUAUGAUGCUAAUCAUGGGAAAAAAGAUAUUACAAUUAAUUCAUUGCUUCAAAUGUGCGAAUAAGUCCUAAUCUCUAUGCAAUUUGCCAUAUUUCAUUUUACUAUAUUUUCUGUUAAUAAGUAUUAUUCCGUUGAAAGAAUGUAAUAAUAUUAUUAAGGAGAUACAAUUUAUAAUACUUCCAUACAUAAUGAUUAAGGCUAGAAAAUUCUUUGAAUAUAUAAAGUGCCGAUAUAUAUACCCUUUUAAGAAAACAUUACUUUUAAUGUAAUAUUCAAUUGCUUAUUUUUAGUCAAUUUUGUUAUAUAUGAUAUAAUUAUUUCAAAGUUUAUGCUGUCUUUUUCCUAAUUUUCCGAAAAUAUAUGUAUUUUUACUUUCAAACACGCGACUACAAACUAUAUAAUCUGUUCAUCUCUGUAUAUAACUUAUGUUAUAUUGCGUGUUUUACGAAGUUGUAAAAAGAUAUACGCUUAAUCGAUAUAUCGCAUACAAAUUGUAAUAAAUAUUAAGUAUAUGUAAUUCGUACAAUUUCAUUCAUAUCAGAUAAGUAAGCUGACAGAGUAUGUCAGAGAAUAUAAAAAAUUUUAUACACGAAUAAUGUCACAGCUGUAGCUCCAAUGGUAAUUAGUAUUGAAUAUGUAUUUCUUGUUGUUGCGUUGCAUGGUGGAUCGUUUGCGUUGCUGGUAGACUGACAGGCACAUACCUCGAUAGUAUAUCCUUCAGUCUAUAUAAAAACAAUUUUUAAGUAUCCACAUAAUCAUGUAAUUGUAUCUCAUUAUUAAACGAUAUUGAUUUGUAGUCAUAAUUAUAUAAAUUUCAUUGUGAAUAGCUUGUAUUAGCUUGUAAUACAUACAUGUUGAACGUAACAGCCUGAUGUAAUCGCCGAUGUCUGGUCUUCGAUGACUUUUCCGCAGAAAUAACUGGCGUUCACCACUACAAAUUAUAUACGUUUCGACUGUGAAAUCUGAUUUGGUUUUCUUUUGUUAUUUUAUAAAAUGUAGUUUUACCUGCGUUAUUGUACGUAUAUGUAUAUUUUAUACAAACGUUAUCGGUAUUCAAUUCGCAAGAGUAUUUAUUUGGGUUUUCUGCCCACAUCUCAUUCGUUUUUGGCGGUGAAAAGCCUAAAAAAAUUGCAAAGUAUUAUCAUUGAGAUUAACGAUAAAAAGUCAAUAAUUAACAGUCGAAGACGAAAGUUACUGUUAUAAAACGGCUUCACGCAAGGAAUAUCAUUAGUGCAGUUGACAGUCUUGUUACUUGGGCCUGGCCAUGUAAAUUGGAAGCAGUACUUUGCACCUAAACUUAUUGCUACAUGAAAAAUAGAUUGUAAUUAAGAAUGGACCAUAUGAAAUGUCGAUAAAUCUGUGAAGCAUUCGACGAAUUCAAUUAGCGUAUUAAUAUUUUUCUCUCAUCCACAAUGUGAUAUAAAUUAAAUCAAAUUCUCUCCAUAUUUUUAUAUAAUAAUUUACAUGUCCGAUGUAUGUGUGUUUACGAUAAUUAUGAUAUAGACUGUUUUGAUGUGCAUAUGUAUAUAUAUGUACGUAGACGUACAUACAUACGCGCUUAGGUGUUCUUAAUGAUCAAUUCUUAUCUGCUGAUUAUCAAAUGAGAAACUGACAACAACUCAAAAAUAGUCCAUGAGCUUUGAAUGAAUGUAUUGCUAAUAAUAACGGCCUGAAAAUACA